UUAUUUGAUAUUGGGGGAGUUUGUGUCGUCUCCCCCUUCCAAGCAAUCCUCGACUACGAAAUAUCCCACGGCAUCCCACCCGGCUGGAUAAACUACACAAUCUCCCGCACCCGCCCCUCAACCUGGCACCUCCUCGAACGCAACGAAAUCCCCGUCUCCACCGCCUUCUACACCUCCUUCACCCGCGACCUAACCAACGCCUCGCUCUGGCCCACCUUCUACGCUCUCGCCCUCUCCCGCGACCCUUCCUUACCGCCCACCACCCCGCCCGUCCCCUCCGUUGACGGCGAAGAACUAUUCUGGAAAAUGAUGGACAAAUCCCGGACUUUAGACCCGUGGAUGUACCCCGCCUUACUCGCGCUAAAAGAAAGCAAGAAAUACAUCCUAGCAGCGUUGAGCAACACGAUUAUCUUUCCAGAGGAACAUCCGUAUGCGAAUCCGGCGCCGGAGAAGGAUGUUAGACGGUUGUUUGAUGUUUUUGUGAGCAGUGCGCAUGUAGGGCUGCGGAAACCGGAUGUGCGGAUUUAUGAGUUGGCGUUGGAGAUGGUUAAUGAUUAUGCUCAGAAAGAAGGAAAAUUGGGGGAGGGGAAAGGGAUUGAGGCGGGGGAUGUAGUGUUUUUAGAUGAUAUUGGGGAGAAUUUGAAGACGGGGCGGAUGGUGGGAUUUAGGACUAUUAAGGUGAAGUUGGGACGGGCGUUUGAGGCUGUUGAUGAGCUUGAGGAGGUUACGGGUAUGCGGUUGGCUGGAGAUCAUCCUAGGGUGCCUGUUUUACCUGUUGUUAAUAAGAAGGGGAGGGAGGAGAAAUUGUGA